AUGGUAGCAACAGCUGGUAAGAGACCCACCAGUUUCAGUAUGUUAACAGUAACUCCUCCUGCUUGUUAUUAUGAAGGGAGGGUGGAUUUUGUGUGUAGUUAUCGUGCUACGGCAGAUUCAAAAUCGCUUGUGCUUGACAGCGAUAGAAUAGUGAAGCUUGGGGAUUUCGGUGUUUCAGCUUGUGUAUUUGACAAGGGUGGCAGGCAACGCUCAAGGGAUACUUUUAGUUGGCCCAUGGACCAUGGUCAUGCUUCCUUCUCGAAGUACCAUCCGAUAAAGGUGGUUGGGGCUGCAGUACUUGUGAAUGGCUGGCUAUCUGAUUUAGACCUACAACGGUUAUCCGCAAUGGAAAACUACUGGCACAGAACAGUGAACCACACUAAUUUGGUUACGUUUCAGGAACUUCUGGAAAAGUGUAAAGAUAUGAAAGAGGCAAUAUGCAUUCAAUUUCAGGCACACCAAGAUGCUAAUGGAGAUGCCACACAUGCGGUGUCAGAGACUUAG